AUGGAUACGCUCGUGGCGCGGUACAGCCGCCCGGCAUACCACCAGAAUGAGGUCUUCUCGGAGCAGGAGCAGCAAGACCUUAACGAUACGGUGCCCAGUCUCAAGUUCGCCAUGCCUCCGGUCGCACAUCCCUCGGCCUGGUUGCGCGCCGCAACAGACGACCGCUCGAACCCGUCAUGCCCGAUCAAGAUCGCCCACGGCACAACGACGCUCGCCUUCCGCUUCCAGGGGGGCAUCAUCGUGGCCACCGACUCGCGCGCCACGGCCGGCAACUGGAUCGCCUCACAGACGGUGAAGAAGGUCAUUGAGAUCAACUCGGACCUGCUCGGCACCAUGGCGGGCGGCGCCGCCGACUGUCAGUACUGGCUCGCCUGGCUCGGCAUGCAAUGCCGGCUGCACGAGCUGCGGCACAAGCGCCGCAUCAGCGUCGCCGCCGCGAGCAAGAUCCUGGCGAACCUGGUUUACCAGUACAAGGGCAUGGGCCUGUCCAUGGGGACCAUGUGCGCGGGCGUCACCAAGGAGGAGGGCGCCGCGCUCUACUACAUCGACUCAGACGGCACACGGUUGGCGGGCGACCUGUUCUGCGUCGGGUCCGGCCAGACGUUCGCCUACGGUGUGCUAGACUCGGAGUACCGGUGGGACCUGACAACCGAGGAGGCCCUCGAGCUGGGCAGCCGUAGUAUUCUGGCCGCCACCCACCGUGACGCCUACUCCGGUGGUUUCAUCAACCUGUACCAUGUCAAGGAGACGGGCUGGGAGAAGCACGGUUUCACCGACACCAACCCGGUAUUCUGGAAGACCAAGCUGGAGAAGGGCGAGUUUAGCAACGUCACGAGCAACUUUAACGAAUAA